UUUGGCCAGCCGGCGGCGCAGGAAAGUAGGGACAUUUCUGUCGUCGUUACUGAGCCUGUGGUGCGUCUGUGGAGACUGGACUUUAAAGGUGAGCCUCUACGAGGCUAAUGAAAAGCUAGCCACGAUGGCUGAAAAUGGUGAUAAUGAAAAGGCUGUUCUGGAGACCAAAAUCUGUCAUCAAAUCGAGUAUUAUUUUGGAGACUUCAAUUUGCCACGGGACAAAUUUUUAAAAGAACAGAUCAAAUUGGAUGAAGGAUGGGUACCUUUGGAAAUUAUGAUCAAAUUCAACAGAUUAAACCGCCUAACAACAGACUUUAAUGUAAUUGUGGAAGCACUGAGCAAAUCUAAAGCAAAACUCAUGGAAAUCAGUGAAGAUAAAACUAAAAUCAGAAGAUCACCAAGCAAACCCCUCCCUGAAGUGACUGAUGAGUACAAAAAUGAUGUGAAAAACAGAUCUGUUUAUAUUAAAGGCUUUCCAACUGAUGCAACCCUUGAUGACAUAAAGGAAUGGCUAGAAGUUAAAGGUCAAGUACUAAAUAUUCAGAUGAGAAGAACAUUGCACAAAGCAUUUAAGGGAUCAAUAUUUGCUGUGUUUGAUAGCAUUGAAUCUGCUAAGAAGUUUGUGGAGACCCCUGGCCAGAAAUACAAAAACACAGAUCUGCUAAUACUUUUUAAGGAAGAUUACUUUGCAAAGAAAAAUGAAGAAAGAAAGCAAAACAAAGUGGAAGCUAAAUUAAAAGCUAAACAAGAACAAGAAGAAAAACAAAAAUUGAUUGGAAAUGCUGAAAUGAAAUCGCUAGAAGAAAAGAUUGGAUGCUUGCUGAAAUUUUCAGGUGACUUAGAUGACCAGACCUGUAGAGAAGAUUUACACAUCCUUUUCUCAAAUCAUGGUGAAAUAAAGUGGAUAGACUUUGUCAGAGGAGCAAAAGAGGGAAUAAUUCUAUUCAAAGAAAAAGCCAAGGAAGCACUGGAUAAAGCCAAAGAUGCAAAUAAUGGUAACUUACAAUUAAGGAACAAAAAAGUGACUUGGAAAGUACUCGAAGGAGAGGCGGAAAAAAAAGCAUUGAAAAAAAUCAUAGAAGAUCAACAAGAGUCCCUAAACAAAUGGAAAUCAAAAGGUCGCAAAUUUAAAGGAAAAGGAAAGGGGAAUAAGCCUGCCCAGCCUGGGUCUGCUAGAGGAAAAGUACAGUUUCAAGGCAAGAAAACCAAAUUUGAUAGUGAUGAUGAGAAGGGUGGAGCUGGACCAGUGAAAAGAGCAAGAAAAGGAACAGACAGAGAAGGACCUGCCUCAAAACAACAGAAAACAGAAAAUGGUGCUGGAGACCAGUAGUUUAGUAAACAAAUUUUUUUAUUCAUCC